UCUCUCUUCAGUUCUUCCUGCUCUUCCCUCCUCUCAGCUGCUCCGUCAAGCGGGCGUCCGUGAAGCUGCACCUCGUCCUCUCCUCCCUGCUGCUGCUCGCCGCGCUCGGCCUCCUGCUGCCCCUCAGCGUCCCCGCCUGCCUGCUGCUGGCCGCUGCGUUGCUCGUCAUCACCUUGGUGUGCCCGCUCUGGCUGCUCCGGAUCCACGAGUACAAGUUCGAGAUCAACGGGCCGUGGGACGAGGCCAAGCUCUGCUUCCGCAUUGACGACGACGACGCACGCAACUUAUAGGUGGACGAUUAUAGGGCCCUCCUCCCCAGCUAGGGUAAACUGGAGCAAAUGGCGGCAUCGCGGUGGGCAACAUGGGCGUGGACGGCCGCUCUCCUCCUGGCUGGCGCCUUUGCCGACUCAAAUCGCUUGCUUCCUGUGAAUUCAGGUGCCCUUCCCAGCUUUCAGGACCCCAAGUACAAGCUCCAGUUCCAUGAGCUGCAAGAUCCAUACAGCCCGGAGGAUCCGGACACGGAGAUGGUUCGCAUGACGGACAGAGAUGGCAGAAAGUUUGAGUGCUUUCUACCCAGGAAACCAGAGGCUUCCCCACUCGACGGGGCCAACGAGACGGAAGCGACGCUGGCCGAGAUCUCGAGGAGGACGCCGGAAGAGCUGCUGGAUGUUCUCAAAGACAGGUGCUUCCACAGGCACGAGGGAUGGUGGACCUACGAGCUGUGCUACCACGGUAAGUUCCGGCAGGUGCACUUUGAGACAUCCAAGAAGGACAAGAAGAGCCAGGAAGCUCAGGAAUUUGUUUUGGGCGUGUAUGAUGCCGAAGCGACCGCUCGCCUUCACUCAUCCACCCCAGUUUUGAUUCAAAAGGAUCCACGCUCGCAAACUGCUGCACUCAAGUACUUCGCACAUAUGUACGUGAAUGGUACCAAGUGCGAUCUUACGGGUGCUCCAAGGGAGACAGAAGUCCGAUUUGUAUGUGCAGACUCCGGGAUGUUACUAAUCAGCUCCAUCAAAGAAUCUCCCACAUGCAAGUACACUGUGAUUUUUCAGGCCCCCAUGCUCUGCAAGCACCCACUGUUCCAGGAAGAGCGUCAGCCGUGGCUGGUGGUCAAUUGCAACUCGGUUUCCAAUGACGAGUAUGAAAUCAAUCGCGAGCAGCAGCAGCAGCAGCGGCCAGCAGCAUCCGAAGAGGUGAGCAGCGGCAGUAUUGAGAUGCUACCUCUGUCCACUACAAGCAGCAUGGAUGAGAGCUAGCCUUGAGGUAGGAUAGUGUGGUGCCGACAAAGGUCUUUGCCUUCGGGUCUAGCAGUCUAUCGAUACUCGUAGAUAAGCACACUGCUGCUCAAAGUGGGAGUUAAGAGCGAAAGAGCGAGGAAUGACCUCCUCAAGCUCAAGAUGGGAUAUACUUUCGGCAAAGCCUGAAAGAGCCUGGAUGGCGGAAGAUUUUGGAAAGCAUGGAGCGUGGAGCUUGAA